GCAAUUACAGACAGGCGGGUUUACAGGCAGCUACUUUUUGGGGUCCUCUUAGAAUAAACAGAAAUACAGUUAAAACAACCAGUCUGUUUCGGUAUAUUAAAUAGAUUUGUACAAUUAUUCGGGUUUUAGUAACGUAAGAAAAAAUAAUAGUUUAUAUCCAUGGUAUUGUAAAUUACUUCAGCGAUGUUCCUUCUUUAAGUUUAAGCCAUGAACAGUAAAAUGGAGUUAGCUGAACUUGGUAACGUUCAUUAUCUAUUUUGACCAACGUUUCAAGCAGUUGUAUUUAUAGUUAAAAACAUGGAUGAGUAUCCCGUAAUCACCAACAAUGAUUCAACAAAACUACAGGAGAGACAUUACUACUUGCUAUCUGAACUGCAAACUUUAGUCAAAGACUUACCAAGCUCCUUCCAGCAGCGGCUGACCUACAACACGCUGAGCGACCUGGCUUUAGCCCUCAUUGAUGGCACAGUAUAUGAGAUUGUGCAGGGCCUCCUGGAUAUUCAGCAUCUGACAGAAAAAAAUCUGUACAACCAAAGGCAGAAGCUGCACUGUGAACAUCAAGCNCUCAAACAAGAUCUGGUUCGAAAACACAAGGAUGCAUUGCAGUCAUGCAAGCCGCACAACCUUUCACUUCUCAAGACAAGCCAGCAAACUGAGCUUGAGACUUUGGAAGUUCGGGUUCGCGAGGAGCAAAAGAUGAUGGAUAAGAAGAUUGUUGUAGAAAUGGACCAAAAAGUGACUGACCAGCAGAACACCUUGGAGAAGGCAGGAGUCCCAGGGUUUUACAUCACCACUAAUCCUCUGGAGCUCACGAUGCAGAUGAACCUGCUUGAACUGAUUCUCAAGCUUCAACAGAAGGACUCGCAAGUCGGACUGCUAUGAGAAAGAUGUGCCAACAGAGACGGUGUUUUCUAUUUUUUUCAUAUAUGGAAGAUCAAAAAAAAAAAAGAUGUGAUCAAAGAUUUGGCCACAUCCUGGAAGAAUUAAGUUUUGGCCUGAAGGAGAACAGUGGGGCACAUCAUAGUUAAGAAAUGAUAAAAGUGGGCCUAAUUCCUGUUAAUGCACUGUAAACUUUCUUAAGGACAUUUUGCCUAUUAUUUUGUGCUGCAACUUAAAGCAGGGGGACAGUUUUAUUAAACACUUUUGUAUCUCUCAGUAUCUUUGAGAAAUAUCCACAGUUUUGAGUAUUUCCCGUUUUUUUUUUUUUGUUUGUUUUUUUUGCACUAAUCCACAAAACUUACUUUGUCCCAUGUGCACUUGUAAGUUUCAUCUGUUAUUAGUUUAUGGUCUGGUCUUAUUGAGUUUAGUGUUAUAAUGACACAUGUGAUCUUACUUUAGUUGUCAGUAAAGUUAUGUUUUGGAA